GCGCGCCAGAUGCGAAGGAGGAAGGAGACGUGUGGGCCUGAGGAGCCGAGCCGGGAAUCUCUCCCCUCACGGGGAGGGUGCGGCGGUGAGUUUGGACGGGGAAGGCCCCGAGGGCAGAAAUGCUGCGCGGCCUGCCCCCUUCCAUGUGCUGCUGAGCGGAGCUCCUGAGCCACCGCUCCCUCCGAGGGCUUCCACCGGCCCAGGGGAAGAGGUCAUUGAAGCCCUGGGCGAAAAGGGAGAAGGAGAGCUUCCCUUUUCGCUGAGCCACAGCUCCGUUCCCAGCCGUUGCUGAAUAGCCAAAUAUAUAGGUUACUCAUACUCUGAACCUACCUUCUCAACGCUAUUGUUGACUGGAGUAAUUCACUAUGGCUCCUAAAGAUAUAAUGACUAAUUCUCAUGCCAAGUCCAUUCUCAAUGCAAUGAACUCUCUACGAAAAAGUAACACACUUUGUGAUGUGACCCUUCGUGUGGAGCAGAAAGACUUUCCAGCCCAUCGUAUUGUGUUAGCUGCUUGCAGUGACUACUUCUGUGCUAUGUUCACCAGUGAGCUUUCAGAGAAGGAUAAACCCUAUGUGGAUAUUCAAGGGCUAACAGCAUCAACUAUGGAAAUAUUGCUGGACUUCGUAUACACUGAGACCGUUCAUGUGACAGUGGAGAAUGUUCAGGAGUUGCUUCCAGCAGCCUGUUUGCUUCAGCUGAAAGGAGUGAAGCAGGCUUGCUGUGAGUUCCUAGAAAGCCAGCUGGAUCCUUCCAACUGUUUGGGGAUUCGAGAUUUUGCUGAAACACACAAUUGUGUUGACUUAAUGCAGGCAGCUGAGGUUUUCAGCCAGAAGCACUUCUCAGAUGUAGUUCAACACGAAGAAUUUAUUCUCCUAAAUCAAGAAGAAGUGGAAAAGCUAAUAAAAUGUGAUGAGAUUCAGGUGGAUUCUGAAGAGCCUGUCUUUGAGGCUGUUAUUAAUUGGGUAAAGCAUUCAAAGAAGGAACGGGAAGCAUCCCUGCCAGAGCUUCUGCAGUAUGUGCGCAUGCCACUACUCACCCCACGCUACAUUACCGAUGUCAUAGACACUGAGCCUUUUAUUCGAUGUAGUUUGCAAUGCAGAGACCUUGUAGAUGAAGCGAAGAAGUUUCAUCUAAGACCUGAACUUCGGAGUCAGAUGCAAGGUCCCAGAACCAGAGCACGUUUGGGUGCCAAUGAGGUUCUCUUAGUAAUUGGGGGCUUUGGAAGUCAACAGUCACCUAUUGAUGUGGUGGAGAAAUAUGAUCCGAAGACACAGGAGUGGAGUUUCCUACCAAGUAUCAGCCGUAAAAGACGCUAUGUUGCCACAGUUUCCUUGCAUGAUCGGAUAUAUGUAAUAGGUGGUUAUGAUGGCCGUUCUCGCCUCAGUUCUGUGGAAUGUUUGGAUUAUACAUCUGACGAAGACAGUAUCUGGUACUCUGUGGCUCCCAUGAACGUUCGACGGGGCCUAGCAGGGGCUACAACACUAGGAGACAUGAUCUAUGUUUCUGGAGGUUUUGAUGGAAGUCGGCGCCACACCAGUAUGGAAAGAUAUGAUCCCAACAUUGAUCAGUGGAGUAUGUUGGGAGAUAUGCAGACAGCUCGAGAAGGAGCAGGACUGGUGGUUGCUAAUAAUGUUAUCUAUUGUCUUGGUGGUUAUGAUGGUCUGAACAUCUUAAAUUCUGUAGAGCGAUAUGAUCCCCACACUGGGCACUGGACAAAUGUCACUCCAAUGGCCACAAAGCGCUCAGGAGCUGGAGUAGCCUUGCUAAAUGAUCAUAUCUUUGUGGUUGGAGGGUUUGAUGGAACAGCACAUCUCUCCUCUGUGGAGGCAUAUAACAUUCGCACAGACUCAUGGACAACAGUGACCAGCAUGACAACCCCCCGCUGUUAUGUUGGAGCAACAGUCCUGAGGGGACGACUUUAUGCCAUAGCAGGGUACGAUGGGAACUCGCUUCUGAGCAGUAUUGAGUGCUAUGACCCUAUCAUUGACAGCUGGGAAGUGGUGACAUCGCUGGGAACCCAACGGUGUGAUGCUGGUGUUUGUGUGCUGCGUGAGAAGUGACCUUAGGGGGAAGGCCUUACGAGAGCACGCCUGUGGAACAAAGAGACUACGGGAGAAAGUACUGGCUCACUUGCAGCUAUUGCUCUUGGAGCUGUGGAUGCAGUGAGCAUUGCUAGCUGGCCUUGCGCUGCAGACCUUCAGUCUCAUUGUCAAAGCUACUGAUUCCAUUUAAAAAACAAUCCACACACAAGGCACUUUGAACUGAAAACAGAAAAAUCACAUGCUCAUGUAAUGCUAACCCUGUGGAAGCGAGUUGCCUAAAGCAGUAAAGGUGUCUAUGCCUUCUGGCCUGCUGCAUCUCUAGAGCAUUGGCACACACAAGGAAGUUUGAGCAUGGCACCAACGGUUUGUGCCUGAAUGUUUCCAUGUACCAAAUAUGCUGCAGUGCAGACAUACUGUUUGUGAGCAUUAUGUGGGCACACUGGGUUUGUUUUUGGAUGCUUUUUACGUUCUGCACAGACUUCCCCAUAGUGCUGGGGAAAAGAGCCAGGAACACAGGCUGAUGCAUGCAACUGAUAAAGACUGUGUGUUGGUGUAAGCAAUCUGGCCUUCCACCAUAACGGAAAAGGGGGCAGUGGAGACUAUAGCCUGCUGGAAUAUUCAGUCUUAUCUGCUGGGAAGAAAGGCAAGCAGACAGGAAGAAAAUACUGAAUUUCAUGUUUUUACCAAUUUUUCCUGAAGAGAGGGUGUGUGUUCUAGUAGUUGUGAACCAAAACCUGUUUACAUCUGCUAUCUAAGCCACGUUUUUUAGUGUUAGUGGAGCAGUGAAGUAGCAAAUCUUGACAUAUUGGCAGGAAAGAGUAUAAUGUGCUCUGGAAAGGGUGCAUCUGCCCAGGCCACUUAGGCUGCAUUGCAAAUGUCCCUUCAAUCUCCACAAAUCACUGAACUUCUCUUCUCAACCCCACACUGGUCUUAAGCCCGAUACCCUGUGCAGGCCUUCUGCAUGAGCAUUGUCAGCACAGGUUGUCUUACACUCAGCUUUUAUUGUGCUUCUGCUUUAGCACCAAAGUAGGAGCAUGAUAUUUCGUUAAGAGCACACUAAUGUUUACAGUGCAUUGUAGUUUUACCUGGUGACAUUUCUCUCCAUACCCAAUUACAACAAGGGAUUUCACGUGAACUGGAACAUUUGCUCAAGGCAUCUUUUGUGGCAUAUUUAUGAUUCUCCUUGCCUAUUUUAAUACCCCUCUGGUGUGUUCUGCAGCUUGUACUAGAUAUGUGAAUUCACACACCACAUUGCUGAAAUGGACACCUGAGCCUGUGGAUAAUGCGCCUCCAACCCCUCAUGGAUGUGCCCUAAACUUUCAGCAUGAUCCUGGAGCUCUCUCUCUCCCAUGACCCACUGAGCCUCUUCCUGUGUCACACAGCUCUAUUGGGAGCUAAGGGGUGAAUGUAUUUAUUUGCUGGGUGAUCUUGACUCCUUGCUUUGGGGAUAUGGUAGCAUGGGAGAAUGAUGCACUUUCAAAUAACACUGAGUUUAUAAGUCCUGUCCUAUCACAUCAGUGUUUGUGAUUCAUUUCUUACGUAUUUUUUAAUAAAAGUAUCUCUGGUACAUGUGAACAUUUGGUCUCUCUAAGUAGGUUGCCUUUAUUUUUGCAGUGCUAUUCUCUAAACAAGUUUUUAAAAUCUAAAGCCUUUGUUGGUGAAGUGCACCUUUUAUGUAAGCUUCUUGUGAAGAGGUGCCAACUGGGCAUUGGUGGAGUCUGCAUUUGCCCACUUUUCUCUUAAGUUCCUUUUUUUCUUUUACAUAUUUCUUAAAGAGAAAGUAAAGUGAUAGGGAUUAAGAAAAUGUUUAUAGAAUAAUAGAAUUGUAGAGUUGGAAGGGACCUUGAGGAUCAUCUACUCCAGGCUUCCACAACCUCGGCCCUCCAAUGUUUUUGGCCUACAACUCCCAUGAUUCCUAGCUAGCAGGACCAGUGGUCAGGGAUGAUAGGAAUUGGUAGUCUCAAAACAUAUGGAGGGCUGAGGUUGAGGAAGCCUGAUCUACUCCAACCCCCUGCAAUACAGGAAUAUGCAGCUGUCCCAUAUGGGGAUCAAACCUGCAACCUUGGCAUUAUCAGCACCACACUCUUAACCAACUGAAGAUUAUUUUUACUUUGAUGCGCAAAUUGCAUUUGUGGCUUUCUUAAUCUUGCAUAUCUUCGGAUCUCCCUUUCCACUCUUGCUUACAUUAUAGUAUGACCCCAUUGUGCUUUUCAGGGAGGGAACUGCCAUCUAUUAAGGCAGGCUCUGAAUGAAAUAAUUAAUGCAUCUCAUUGUCUGGAAAAGAAGUUGCCAAGAAAUAAUUCUGUGUGUUUUCCUACUCUUUUGAGCUCUUCCACUUCUCUCUGUAAUAUCUUACCACCAUAAAAGAGAUGCCGGGAGCUAUAGCCAGGUACCAUCGUCCUUAUACAAGAAGCCACCAUAUUCUUCCUCUUUAGUACUGUAUUUUUAAUCGAACUCAGUGAAAUACGUUACAGGAGAGGAAACGGGGUAGUAAUCUGAACACAGAACCCAUGGGCACAAUGAUUUGUUUGGAAGGCACAAUGGCCACAUGUGUGAAUGGAGUCACGUUUUAUUUUGGGACGACGACUUUCGGUUACAUCUACCCCUCCAAUCCCACCCGCCUUUGAAAAAAAAAAAAACAAAACCAUAACGGCACCUAUGCCAGCCUUCAAUAAUUCCCCAGUUGGCAAACAGGAACAAAGAAGAAUCAGCACUAGCAGGGCGUUCUUCUCAAAACGAAGUGGGAUGUGCGCUACCACCUUUCCUGGCAUAACGGGAAGCUGCCUUCCAUCCACGCAGACGUGUUCAUGAUAUCUUGGAAGCUGCCGCUUUUCCUCCCUGCUAUGAAGAAAAAGACUGC